GACCCCUUCUGAAGCCCCACCCCAACCCCACACUCGUCUGCUAUCCUCCCAAACUCAUGAUGGAGGAAUCGCCUCUAGCUCUCGCUCACUUGCACGCUUCCCAGGCUUCAAAAAUCCUCACCUCAGCUCAACCCCCUUACCCUUCCACCACUCUCCUCGCAGCCGCAAACUCCCACGCCCUGGCAGCGACCUCAUUUACAGCUGCCGCAAAGCUAACAAAAGACCCCGAAGCCCUACGCACCCUCGAGCUGCUGACUAAAGAGCAUCAACGAUGGGAAUCUCAACUCCAACGGGACGCUGAGCAGCCAGCACGAAAGAGCAAAGACCGGGAGAGCCAGGGUGGUGCUGAUGCUAUUGUUGGAGCGGGGGGAUCGACCUCCACCGCUGAACCGUCGAAGAGCGGGGAAAAAGCCUCACCGCAGGAUGCGCCUACUUCCCCGCCCUCAUUACCGUUCGCGAAUACAGGUGGUGCGCCUUACCCGCCGAGGUUACAGAAGUCUACGUCAUCACUUGCAACGAAUUUGGCGUCCGCCCGUGGGAUCCAGCUCCCCGGUUCGUCGAGGGUUCCCGGCGCAUCCUCGCAGUCGCCGAACCGGCGACGUACGAGCGAUCGACCACCGGCGAUAGAUGUAUCGGCGAAACCGACUACGAACCCGCUGACCAUCCUACCCCCGGAUGAACCUAAGCGAAAGGAUCCCGAGGAAGGGUUCAGCAAUUUCUACUCUUCACUAAACACAUUCAUCUCACGGGUUGGCAGCCCAUUCGCUACUUCCCUAGCCUUCGCUGGCCUGCCACUAUUAAAUGACGACGGGCGAGACGAGGAAAAAGACCGUGAAGCCCGCAGGAACGUCCUCCCAAAGAGCUGGGUAGAAAAGCACGGUCGCGGCCGAGGCCUCGAAAAAGGUUGGCCGACCAACGACCCAAAUGGCGCAGAAAGCUUCUACGUGGUUCCCGUAUCCGGCGGUACACUAUCCUACGCCGGCGUCGUCCGUCGCGACACCUCACCAACCAGCCAAAACUCCCCAAUAGACGAUUACGAAACCCUCCCGCGAGACCUCUCCUCCCGAGCCCUCUCCCCCCCACCCCCGCAAGCCCAGAACCGAAGAGACCCCGGCCUAACCGGCCACACAAAAACCAAAGAGGAGCUCCAACUGGAAAACACAGGCCUCCGCCAAACAAUAGACCACAUGUCCCGUACCAUGCAGUCCUGGCAACGCAAAACCCGAGAAAGUGAGAACAUACUGAAAAGUUCCCUCAUGGCCUUCUCCAAGACCAAUAACCGCGACAACCCCGAUGCUGGCAUCGACAUCCUCAACCAAGUCCAGCGCAGAUCCUGGAUGCACGUACCCUACGACGAGCCCGACGAUGCCGAGUUCUCGGAGGGCCGCGCCGCCGCUGCCGCUGCUGCCGUUGGCGGCGAGUUGGAGUGGGACAAGGAUAGGGAGAAGAGCGAGGCGGAAGAGGAGGAGGACGAUCGCGAGGUGAGGAUCGCUGCGCUCGAGAGGGAUUUGGCCGAGGCUAGGAGCGAGAACGAGAGGUUGACCAAGGAGAACGAGAGGUUGGGAAGGAUCGUCGAGAAGUUCAAGACCAAGUGGGAGAAGUUGAAGGAGGGGGCCAGGAGUAAGAGAGCGCAUCCACCCGCCGGCAGUGGUGGGGCCGGAGGGAGCAACGGGGGGCAGCUGAGCAGGGUUGAUGAGGCAGAAUAGCUGUCGUAGCAGCGUUAUAUGGAUAGCUCUCAUCCCAACCCUUUCAAUAGACCAUAAAUUGAACGCGUAACGAGAGGAACCGGAGGGGGGGGCGGGGACUGGAGGAAGGCAUCUCAGCAUAUUGUAUUAGUAGUCAUCUUCAUUUCCUCUCUCAUCUCCACCUUUACACACAGGACAGCACUUUAUUCAUCCUACUACACAAAUCGUCUAUAGGCCUUCAUGGUCAAGGGGGGGAAAUUUAGCUUAUCAAAUUAGAAGGUAUCUAAAUACACUAUAUAUAC